AAAUCGCACACGAGCGUCGGUAAGCACAAGUGUGAGCUGAUCGAGCGAAGCGAUAGACGAGAGGUGAAGCGACGGAGCCCUAGUUUCUCUUGUUUCGCAAUCAGCGGAGAAGCCGAGACGGAAGAGGAGUGUGUCGGAGGCGGUCAUGUCGUCUCGACGAGAGGGCCGCGAUUCCCACGCCAAACGACCCCAUUCCCGGUCCGAACGAGAAUCCAGUCCAAAGAAAACAAGAAGAGAUGGAAAACCUGCAACAGAGAGAACAUAUCGUGAUUUGGAUGCUGAUGGCACAGCCGAUCAGGAUCAAAAGCAACGUAGGCGUCUGCAAGAUGUUUUGCCGCUUGAGGCCCCUCCAGCAAUCGAAACCAAGUUGCAGCCUGAAACUGUAAAACAGGGUUCAGACAGAAAGAUUGGUGAAAUCUCUGAUGGCACCAAACACUCUUCUGACCCAGCUGAAGUGCCACGUUCUCGUUCUUAUUUUCAGCAUGAUGAACGUGGCAGUUCUGGGCAAGGUGGUCGAAGUUACCGCAAAUCAAAUGAUCAUGGAUGGUGGAGUGAUCCAAAGGACCAAUCUGGUGAUAGGGUUAAAGACAAGGCUGAGGCUCAUGAUUUGCAGAAAAAAGAUGAGAGGACCCGAGCACGUGCAGUUGAGAAUAAUAUAUGGAAACAUGAUGGAUUCUUUGAACUGGAGGCUGAGAAACCACCUGCCAGAAAAAGACCAGCAUUCAGGGAACAGAAGAUGCCGGCAGAAUCAGAAUCUGCGGCAGCUGCCGUAGGGUCAGAAUCAAAGUUACCUCAUCGUGAUCAACCUGUUUCAGGUUCUUCAAGAAGGGAAGAAAGGGGUGGUUAUUAUUCCCGUGGACUGGAUAAGCCUGACAGACCAUUCAACAGAGCUGAUGAGAGAAAUGAUAGGAGGGGAGAUGUGCAUAGGGCUGGCUAUCAAUCAAGGGAUAGGUUUGGUGGCAGGGGCAUGAGGGGGAGGGAAAGGUUCAAUGGAAGGUAUGGUGAGAGAAACACCUACCGCCAAGGCGGUUUUCAGGUAGAGAAAUGGAAGCAUGAUUUGUUUGACGAAGCAAACAGGAGCCCAACUCCAAAGAACGAGGAAGAGCAGAUUGCGAAGGUUGAAGCAUUGUUAUCAUUGUAGUGCUUGUUUGUGUUAGUCUGAUGGAUUGAUUGUGUAUCUGAUGUUCCUUGUAGCAGUUGACAAGCUGAACUGGGUUCAUACUCGUUGUUGCCUGUUCAUUCUCUCAAGUAGUUUUGUGAUAGUGAUCUUUAAAUGUAAUGCAUUUAGCAUGUCCAAAAGCAAAAUCAUCUUCAUAUUUCUUGAAACAUUUACCAAAGAGGCCAUUCAAGUUUCUAAAAGAGUGGAUUGGUUUGAACAGUUGAUCGCAUGUAGAUCUUGUUAAUCCUGUGAUUCUUGGCU